UUCCGCUUUCACCAUAUCUUUGCCCUACGAGUAUCAAUAAGAGAGCCCAACUUUCCCAACCCUGGCGGCAUCCGUUCUUGUACCCAUUAUCUCCCGCCCACAGCUCGCAUGACCAUCUCUUCCGUCGCCUUCGGUCCCGCGAGCCCGGCCCUUGGCCGGCGCUGCCCCCCUUGCAGCGUUGGCGGACGGACCUGGAGGCCCCUCGGUGCUUCCUCGUUUUGCAUUUCGCGUGGUCUGGAGUGGCCCCGGAGGGCCGCCGCCAGGGUCGUGGCGCCGGCCGCCUCCCUCUCGGCCGUGGAGGAGAUCGACCAGGUCGACAGGAUCGCGUCUCUGAGCCAGGUCGCCUCUGUGCUCGGUACGCAGUGGGGCGACGAGGGCAAGGGGAAGCUCGUCGAUGUUCUUGCUAAGAACUUCGAUGUCGUCGCUCGAUGUCAGGGUGGUGCAAAUGCUGGACAUACCAUUUACAAUGCUGAGGGCAAAAAAUUUGCACUUCAUCUUGUUCCUUCAGGAAUCCUUAAUGAGGAAACUCUAUGUGUAAUUGGUAAUGGGGUGGUAGUGCAUCUUCCUGGGCUAUUUCAAGAAAUUGAUGGUUUGGAAUCUAAUGGAAUCUCUUGCAAGGGAAGAAUAUUGGUGUCAGAUCGUGCCCAUUUGUUGUUUGAUUUUCAUCAAGUUGUAGAUGGACUUAGAGAAGCAGAGCUUGCUAAUUCGUUUAUUGGAACAACAAAGCGAGGAAUUGGUCCUUGCUAUUCAAGCAAGGUUAUCCGAAAUGGAGUAAGAGUUUGUGACCUCAAACAUAUGGAUACUUUUGCUCAGAAGCUUGAUACUUUAUUGAGGGAUGCUGCUUCUCGGUUUGAAGGAUUUAAGUACAGUGUUAACAUGUUUAACGAGGAAGUUGAGAGGUACAAGAGAUUUGCGGAGAGAUUGGAACCAUUUAUUGCUGAUACCGUACAUGUCCUGAAUGAGUCUAUCUUGCAAAAGAAGAAAAUAUUAGUUGAAGGUGGUCAAGCAACUAUGUUGGAUAUUGAUUUUGGGACUUACCCAUUUGUGACGUCCUCAAAUCCCUCAGCUGGUGGAAUAUGCACAGGACUUGGAAUAGCUCCGAGAUGCUUGGAUGACAUAAUUGGUGUUGUGAAAGCUUACACAACCAGAGUUGGUUCUGGUCCUUUUCCAACUGAAAUUUUAGGUAAAGAUGGUGACCUUCUUAGGGUCACUGGGAUGGAGUUCGGAACAACUACUGGUCGCCCUCGCCGCUGUGGCUGGCUUGAUAUAGUUGCACUAAAGUAUUGCUGCCAGCUAAAUGGUUUUUCGUCUCUUAAUCUCACCAAGCUUGAUGUGCUAUCUGAGCUUUCAGAAAUCAAGCUUGGUGUUUCGUAUAUGCAAAAUGGUGGUGAAAAGGUCUCCUCAUUCCCUGCAGAUCUUCGCCUUCUGGAGCAAAUACAGGUUGAAUAUGAAGUGUUACCUGGGUGGCAAAGUGAUAUUUCAUCCAUUCGGAACUACAACGACCUUCCCAAAUCUGCUCAGCGGUAUGUUGAGAGGAUAGAAGAGCUUGUUGGUGUCCCCAUUCACUACAUUGGUGUCGGACCAGGACGUGAUGCCAUUAUUUUCAAAUAAUUUUCAUUCUCUGUACUUUCAUCUUUGGAGGCAAUUUUAUGUGCUUCUAAAGCACAACAAAUCAUGCUUUAGGAUGUCCAUUGAUCAACCUGUUAUUUUCAUGAGCAUGCUGAAGAUAUCAAUCAAUUGAAAUUCAAGUUCUGAAACAAAACGGGUAAUUUGAUCCAUCAAUAGGUGUGAUGGGCAUUUUGUCUGUGUGAUUCUAUCUGCCACAAAUUUGGGCAUGUAUAAUGUGCUAGUUAUUGUAAAUCUCAUCUUAUAAGAUGCUGAUGAGAACCUAAUAAUGUAGCAGGAUGGUCCAAAAUCCUUCCACCAAGUUUCUGCUUCUUCCACUUUGUA